UCCACAGUUCUUCACCGGAGCUCAUGUCGUGUUCAUUCGUUUUCUUUUUCUGUACAUUUGUUUUUCUAAUGAAUUUACCUGCAGCAGCGCUGUCACAGUUGAAUGACAGCUGCUAAAAGCCGCCUCCUGAAGACUCCUGCUCACAUUUCUGAGACAACAUGAAGAAGUGAUUCUCAUCCGGCAGCGCUCCUUCUUCCUGGAUCCAACCCUGCAGCGAUGCAGCCCGGUCAUCAGGGCACCAGCACCACCUCUCUCCAGAUCCCUCCCCAGCCGGCCAGCGCCAUAUUCAGGAGCCGACACCCGAUCCUGCUGGACACCAUCCACCCCGUCCUGGCCCAGGCCAUCAUCAAUCCAAAGCGGGGUAUGGAGGAACCUCUCCAGCUGCAGACUCCACAACCUCCCAGGAGCUGCAGCUCACCUGGGCCUGCUGGGAAAUCGUGCUGGAGCUUGGAUGUGAGGGUGGCGGUGCUUCUGGUGACUCUGGCAGGAGCCGUAAUCCUGCUGCUGCUGUACAGACUCUUAAAGCUGAGACACAGGUUGAGGUUGGCGAGGGCGAGGCACGCGUUGGAGUACUACAGCUUCUACCACACCGCCACCUACACCCUCAAACAGCCCACGCCUUGUCAGGAGCUGCCAACCAAGAAUGGGACGGUCCCCGAGGCCAGUCCGCCGAUCCAAACCAUAACCACGGUGACGCCUGCCGUCAUCGCCCCACUGCCGCCUCCGCCUGCACCGCCGCCAUCUGCACUGCCGCUCCCCACCCCUCCCGUCCUACCACCUCCACCCGUCCACCCUCCACCCACCGUCCCUCCAGCACCGGCCGUCCUGUCCCUGCCUCUGCCCCUGCCUGUGAUCCACACCAUCCCGCCCAGCCCUCACCUGUCAUGGGGCGCCUGCUCAGACGUAGAUGUUUACUCUCGGAUCGGAGCUUUCAGGCCCUCCAGGCUCUCCAGCCUCUCCAGCCAAUCGACGGUCAUCCUGUUCGAACACUCGUCCCUCUAAACCCUCACACAGAACACGACUAUCGAUGGCAGUGAUUACCAAAUACACAUUCUUCUGACUUGCUUGGAUACUGCCUGUAUGACAGAUGAGGUGUACGUGUGAGGCAGAGAAGGAUAUUUGAAGCUGAGAUACUUUCAGGGCUUUUCCAAAACUGCACAAAAUGAAGUUUGAACUCUGUCAGCCACUGAAUUGAUUUAUCUACUGUUCUUUAAAAAGAGCCACAAUUGGUGCAACAAAAAUUGCAGUUUGGAUCAAAACAAACUCAACUGUAAUGAUGUUUUGUUCUAUUGGAUAGUCAGGGGUUUUCCACUAUAUUUAGACUGUCUUUCUCUAAACCCCACGUCUAUUCUGAAACCUGUUUCUGAGGUAAAUAGCAAAGUUAAGCUUGAAGAAAGACUCGUGAUUGUAUGCUGUGGGUGUAUAUUAUCAUUCAGAUAACCAAAAAAAAAUCUUUGAAGUCUUGUUUUUUUUGUAUACACUCAAUGUACAUGCUAUAAGGAACCAACACUGACCUCCUUUUGGUCUGACGGUCGUGGUUUCAAGGAUUACACACGAUUCAUCGACACUU